AUGUGUCAAAUGAAUAGACCUUCUCCUAGUAAAGCUCAUCUCCACCCAUGGGAGUAUCCCUCUAGACCUUGGGCGCGGAUACACAUUGACCAUGCUGGUCCCUUCAUGGGAAAAAUGUUUUUAGUGGUCAUAGACGCUCAUUCCAAAUGGAUUGAUGUUGAAAUACUGAACUCUACUUCUGCCGUGAGCACCAUUAUUAAACUUCGUUCAUUAUUUGCUACACACGGCAUACCAGAACAGUUGGUGUCAGAUAACGGAUCAGAUUUUCAAAGCGAGGAAUUCAAGCAAUUCACAACUCAGAAUGGUAUUAAACACAUAUUCACAUCACCUUACCAUCCCUCCUCCAAUGGAUUUGCUGAAAGGGCAGUUCAAACUUUCAAGAGUACAGUUGUUAAAAUGGAUGGUCCAAUUGAUGUACGUUUAUCUAGAUUUUUACUUCAGUAUAGGGUAACACCCCAGACUACUACUGGACUUUCCCCGUCUCAACUCCUAAUGGGGAGGAAGAUAAGAACAUGUUUAGAUGCACUACAUCGUGAUAUGUCAGAAGAUGUCGAGAAGAAACAGGAGAAACUCAUCUCUGGCAAGGAACCUCGAAAGUUUAAACUGGAUGAUCUGUUGUUUGCAAAAAAUUUUCAUGAAUCUAUGUGGAUACCGGUGAAGGUAACUAAAAUAACUGGACCUUUAUCGUAUGAAGUUACAACUGAAAGUGGCAUGACUUUACGAUGUCAUGUUGACCAUCUUCGAAGAUUUUCAGAAGAGUCACAAAAGUACAUUAUCAACUCAAGAGGAUUGGUCAAUAAUAGAUACCACACGUCAAGGAAGACCUCAACCUAA